AUGAUCAAGAGAGACGUUUUGAAUGAUUCAAUUUCAUUUGAUGAAAAUUAUGUUGACAAUUCCAAGGAUAUAUCUGCGCAUAUCGUUCAAAAGCAUGAGCAAAUGGCAGAGAAUCGGGCUGGCUAUAACAAUUUUUACCUAUUUCACAAAACGAAAAAUAUUCCUGUUAAGCCAUUGAAGGACCUUCUCGAGGACACUCUGACUGCCAACAUCAUUAGCCCAGUAUUGCGUUCCUUCUUUCACAAUGCAUCCAAACAUCCAGCAAUUUGGUCAAAUACUGCCAGUAUAAGCGCCAAAGUCCGAAAACUUGCUGAUCUAGGUCCUAGCAAAGCAAUCAGACAUGAUCGGUAA